AUGGCUCAACUCGACUCUGUUUCUCAGCUGAAACCUUUCAAGACAAUGUGGAAAAUUCGCGUGAAAAUCGUCAGGCUCUGGAGACAGUAUUCAGCACAAGGAGACGUUAUGGGGCAAAUUGUGGAGGUCUCCCAUCUCGAAGUUGUCACUGUUAAUGGGAAAGACACAAACAAAAUAUCACUGGAGCUUCGUGACCUUGAUGAUGCGCGUCUGCCUAUUGUUCUGUGGGGGAAAUUUGCUGCAGAUGUCAAUGAAGCUAUUCAAACCAGGGGUGAUGAGUCGAUAAUCUGUGUUUUGCGAUUUGGGAAGAUCAAAAUAUGGAAAGAUGACCGAAGCGUCUCGAACGCCUACAAUGUCUCAGAUGUGGCUCUCAAUCCAAUCAUGGCAGAAGUUGCUGAGUUUAAGUCAAAGUUACCAAAGGAUUCCAAUGCUUUAGCAAUUGUUGAAUCAAAAGCUGUGACUAUUGUUGAUGGAAUUACGGAGAAGGAGGACUUUUUUGUUCACACACCAAGAAAAACUAUCCUAGAAUUGCUGGAAUGUAAACAGGUUGAGCAGGGAAUAGUGCUAUGCACUAUCGCUGCCAUUGAUAGCGAUAUGGGCUGGUACUAUCUUAGUUGCAAGGUGUGUGCGAAGAAGGCUUUACUCAUCCCAAAUGAAAAUGAAGAUGAUGGAGAUGAUGGAAAUGGUGAUGGAUUCACUUACUAUUGUGUCAAGUGCAAAGUAUACAAGCCCAAACUCAUGCCUAGGUACAAACUGCAUGUUGUCGUUUUGGACAAUACUGGGAAUGCUAAGUUCCUCCUUUUUGAUAACCUUGCUUUCCAACUCCUUCAUACUCCGUGCCUUGAAUUGACUGGCCCCAAUGUUACUGAGAUUCAAGAACCCAAUGAAAUUCCUCAGGCUCUUACCAAUUUAAUUGGAAAGACGUAUCUAUUCAAAAUUGGUGUUGAGAAGGAAAAUUUUGUCUACAAGCAUGACACCUUUAAAGUGUUGAAGAUCAUCACCAAUGAGGAUACGAUCUCUGAAUUUCAUGAGACAAGUGGUUCGGUUGGUCCAGAUUUAUCCAUACAAUCUGAAGCACCUGAGGGUUCACUCAUGCUAUCAGGUGAUAGUUCUAACCAGACAGAAUCAAUGGCUUUGACACCAGCCAAACGCAAAGGAGCCCUUAUUGUAAACUUGGAAGAAACAUUCGAUCAGAAUUCUGUGACAAGAACCCCCUGUACCACAAGAAUCAAGAAGGAGAAGAAUGAAAAAAGUGGCUAAAGAGGAAUUUUUGGUUUUUGGGUUCGAUUAGAGGCAUUUUCGUGUUUUUUUAAUGUU